AUGUUCCGGUUACCACCACGACUCUUACGAUCGGCGGCUCCAUGGGCGAGAUUUUCAUCCACGGAUGCGCUCAGCACCCUGAAACCGGCAAGGACUCGGUUUGCGCCGUCGCCCACGGGGUAUCUGCAUCUGGGCUCGCUGCGAACGGCGUUGUUCAACUACCUCCUUGCGAAGCGCACCGGAGGCCAAUUCCUGCUGAGGAUUGAGGAUACGGAUAAGAAAAGGACCGUUGAAGGCGCGGAAAAGAGCUUGUUUGAGACGCUGAGGUGGGCGGGAUUACAAUGGGAUGAAGGCCCCGAAGUCGGCGGUCCAUACGGUCCCUACCGCCAAUCGGAGCGAUCAGCACUGCACCAAGAACACGCACGGCAACUCAUCACCACGGGGCACGCCUACCGGUGUUUCUGCAAACCCGAGCGUCUACAAGCCCUCGCGGUAGCCCGGAAACGGGCAAACCUUCCCACCGACUACGACCGAACGUGCCAUUCGAUUGCCGCCUCCGAGUCCGCCUCCCGCGCCGCAGCGGGAGAAUCCCACGUCGUCCGCCUCAAGGCGCCGGAUCAAUACCCGGGCUUCCACGACGUCGUGUACGGCCACAUCACAUUUACCGAGAAUGCGCGGGCACACUCGCUGGGAUCGUUCGAAGACCCGAUCCUGCUCAAGUCCGAUGGGCUGCCGACUUACCACCUCGCCAAUGUCGUCGACGAUCACCACAUGCAGAUCACGCACGUGUGUCGCGCGACUGAGUGGAUGCCGUCGACGCCGAAGCACGUGCACCUCUACAACUGCUUUGGGUGGACCCCGCCAGAGUUCGUUCAUGUCGGCCUGCUCCAGAAUGCUCAGCGCGGAAAACUCAGUAAGCGCAAUGGCGACGUGUUUGUGUCCGAGUACCGCGAGAAGGGGUAUCUUGCUUCGGCGCUGAAUAAUUUCGUCGCGCUGUUGGGGUGGAGCCACGAGCAGACGAGCGAUGUCAUGAGUUUGAAGGAUAUGGUCGAAAGGUUCAAUACCGAGAGACUGACGCCGGGGAAUACGGUGGUCAACUUUGAGAAAUUGGAUUUUCUGCAGAAACAUCAUGUUAGGGAGACAGUCGGGGCUGGCGGCGCAGCAGCGGAGGAGAUAUUCGAGGUGGUAGUGAAGCAGGUAUCCGAAACCUACGGAGACAAGUGA